AUGCAACAGCACAAACCACACCUUCUCUCAAGACCUCACGGAUGCUCGACGAUGGGUCCACCGCCUCAGAUGCCAAUGCUGCCAGAUGACGAUGGAGUGAUCGACGACCCAAAAGUGGAAUUAGAGGGUCGUGAAUUGUGGGAACAGUUCCACGUGCUCGGCACGGAAAUGGUGAUCACCAAGAGCGGCAGACGCAUGUUUCCGCCGUUCAAAGUGCGCAUCAGUGGUCUUGAAAAACGGGCCAAGUACAUCUUGCUGAUGGACAUCGUGCCGGCGGACGACUGUCGUUACAAGUUUCAUAACUCGCGCUGGAUCGUUGCCGGCAAGGCCGACCCCGAGAUGCCCAAGCGUAUGUACAUUCACCCUGAUUCGCCAGCCACUGGUGACCAAUGGAUGCAAAAAGUGUGUUCUUUCCACAAACUCAAACUCACCAAUAACAUAUCGGAUAAACACGGCUUCACAAUCCUGAACUCGAUGCACAAGUAUCAGCCUAGAUUCCACAUUGUGCACGCCAACGACAUCUUGAAGUUGCCGUUCUCUACCUUCCGUACGUUCGUGUUCAAAGAGACCGAGUUCAUCGCCGUGACAGCGUAUCAGAACGAAAAGGUAAGCAUCAAAUGCUUCGAGUGCUCACGAUCGUUGUGUACGUUCUUACGGUUGGGACACUUUGCUUCUUCUUUCAGAGGAUGA